AUGCCCUCUGCACUCAUCCUCAUCGCAGACGGAACAGAAGAAAUGGAGUUCACCAUUACUUACGACACCCUCGUGCGCGCCGGCAUCGUGUGCACGUCCGCAUACGUGCCCGCCCAAGACGCCCCCGAGGCGGACAAGACAGCCCUCUCGUUCGCGACGUGCUCGCGCGGCCUCAAGAUCGUGCCCGACACGCUCUUCUCGCCCCAGGCGGCCGUCCCGGAGCACUACGACCUCCUCGUGGUCCCCGGCGGCGCGAAGGGCGCGCAGACGAUUGCGCAGAGCGUGCCCGUACAGCACCUCGUCCGGCGGUACCUCCAGGAGGAAAAGUACGUCGGCAUGAUCUGCGCCGGCAGCCUCGCCGCGCAGACGUCCAAGCUGCCCCGGCAGCCCCUCACGUCGCACCCGAGCGUGCAGGCCGAGCUCGAGAAAGACUUCGAGUACUCAGACGCGCCCGUCGUCGUGUCUGGCAAGCUCGUCACAAGGUGCGUGCGGGCCCGCGGUCUGCGCCUGCUCAUGUCAACUGCACGGAAACUAACGCCGCCCACGGUGCCGCCCCCUCGUGACCCCGCCCCUCUUCUCCGUGUACUCUGUACAGCCGUGGUCCAGGACUGGCGCACAGGCACCGCGUUCCCGUUCGCGCUCACCCUCGUCGAGCUCCUCUGCGGCGCGGCGGCGCGCGCGGAGGUCGCGGGCCCGAUGGUCUUCCCCGCCGGCACGUUUGCGUGA